AUGUUGUUAUUUAGUUUUUUUCUUAUCUGUCUCAGUCAAUCUUUGUUUGCUGUUGAAUUGUCUAUUUACAACAGUUUUACUGAAGUUCGUCAAGUUCACAAUGGAAUCGGUAACAUCAAGUAUCAAUUUACAAAUGCUGAUUAUGGAAAUGUAAUUGAUGGAUCGAUCAGUUGGGAAGGUACACCAGUAGUUCGACAAGAAGUCUACAAUACAAUUCAAUCACUCAAAGAUGCCAUAGUAACAGUACGACGAUCCACUCAAUGUGAAUGUGAAACGAUUCAAGCGAAAAUUGUUGAUCCUGAUUCGAUGUUACUUCAAAAUUUAAAUACAAAAGCCUAUUUUUAUGCUGAUAAACAGUCAAUCGAAUAUUCAUCGACACGACCGACCAACGGUGAGACAACAUUAUCGCUUCAAUUUCAAACUGAACUUACAGCAUAUACUGGAGCAUUGUCUUAUUUAAUGAGAGGAAUCACAUGGACACCUAGUUAUGAUCUACUUUUGACAGAUACCGCUGAUUACAAACUUCGUACCUAUGCAAAUAUUAAGAAUAGUCAACAACAAGAAUAUACAGUGGAGAUGACUCAUCUCUUAGGUGGUGAUGUGCCAUUAGCUACCGGUUAUGCAAAGCCUCCUGGAUUUUUAGCUGACAAGGAAGUUAUGAACUUGAGACCAAUUCAUGCUAGUGGCGAACAAAGAGGAAUAUAUUCAUAUAUAUUGAAUGACAAAUAUACACUUCGUCCAUCGAGUUCCAUUCGUUUACCAUUUAUUGAUAUUGUUGCCAAAUAUCAGUUCUAUUACAAAUCAUUGGCAAGCAUCAGUACAGAAAUGAAUCAAGGUAUCUUUGAAAGAAAUUAUGAUAUAACACCUGAUCAUUUCAUGCCUGCUGGUAUUAUUACUGUUCGUGAUAACCAAGUACUUGUUGGUCAAGCUGUUUUACCAGACGUUCCAGAAAAUUACACGCAAACAUUCAGUGUUGGUCAAGAUAGUGAUGUUCGCUAUAUGAUAAAAAGCAAUAUGACAUCAAAGAGUGAUGACAAUGCAACAGUUUCAUGGGAAACUUUUGAAAUCGACGUUCAAGUUAAGAAUUUUAAGAACAAAAAUGUCAAUGCUCAACUUGUCUUACAAGAAGGUGUUCAAAUAACUCUUCUUGAAACAACGUGUAAAUCUGUUAAUGUUCAAGGAAAUCAACUUCAAUUACCGGUUCAACUCGAACAAGGAGAAAAUCAUGAAUAUUAUAAAUUUGAAACAGUUCUUACAAUCGAUGUACAUACUCGUGAUACAGUAGAUAUUUUAAUUCGUAAUGAUAUUAAUGAACCUCAUGAUUUUUCAUGGCAAUGUCAAUUACGUUUUUAUUGGCUAUCAAAAGAAGAUAAUUUAUUUUUACAACAAUGCAAUGGAAAAUUUGAAUAUAGUUUAAAACGAUAG